AUGGGUGUGAUACGCAAGAAGACCGCCUCGCGCGGCACCGAGGCAGGCACUAAGUUUCACUGCGAUGUAUGCUCAAUUGAUGUCACGUCAACAGUUCGCAUUUCAUGUGCACAUCCCGCCUGCCCCGAAUACGACCUUUGCGUUCCCUGCUUUGCAGAUGGACAAUGCUCAAAAAACCAUGAUCCCGCAACACAUCCGUUCCAAGUGAUUGAGCAAAAUUCGGUCCCGAUCUUCCAAGCGGACUGGGGCGCCGACGAAGAACUGCUGUUGUUGGAAGGUGCCGAAAUCUACGGACUGGGUUCAUGGGCAGAUAUUGCAGACCACAUUGGAGGCUACCGAACCAAGGACGAGGUCCGCGAUCAUUAUUAUGAUACAUACUUGAAGAGCAAGCACUUCCCGCUCGCAGAACGCGCAGACCCAGACGACAGGAGUCUGCAAGAUUCGAUAUCCAAAGAAGAAUUCCAAACGCGCAAGAAGCGGCGUAUCGAAGAGCGCAAGGACGCAGCCAAAGCAGCACCCCCGACAACACCGAAACAGAAGCCGACUGCUAGUGUACCUGCAUGUCAUGAAGUGCAGGGCUACAUGCCAGGACGAUUGGAGUUUGAGACUGAGUUCUUGAACGAUGCUGAGGAAGCAGUGCAACACAUGACCUUUGAGCCUGGAGCUGGACUCAAUGAAAAUGGCGAACCGGAUGCAGAGACAGAACUCAAGAUGACGGUUGUCGAUAUCUACAAUUCCCGCCUCACAGCGCGCACAGAGCGUAAGAAGAUCCUCUUCGAACACAACCUCCUCGAAUACCGAAAGAACACUGCCCUGGAUAAGAAGCGGUCCAAAGAAGAGCGAGACUUGUUGAAUAAAGCAAAGCCGUUGGCACGCAUGAUGAAUCGCAAGGACUUUGAAGAUAUUAAUAAGGGUCUGGAGUACGAGCAUAAUCUCCGCCUAGCCAUUGCCCAGCUCCAAGAAUGGCGCUCGAUGGGCAUUGGUGACCUGAAAGCAGGCGAAAAGUAUGAGCAGGAUAAGCAACAGCGUGUGCAGCGAUUAAUUCCCACGGGCUCCUUUGAUCGCUUUGCCAGCACUCGCCCCAAGCAGACCCAAUUGACAGAGACCCCAGCGGCGGCGAUUCAGUUGACGACCCCUGAACUUCCAUUGCGUUUACAGAAAGCCGGCAACUCCAAUGCACCGCCAGAUUCUACCGACGAAGUAUUGAAUGAUUUCGAUCGCGCCUUCGCUGUCGACGGCGACGCGCCUCCCCCACAACCGGCAAAGACGAAAUACGUCGUGCCUCCACUGAGCGGGAUGCCUGCGUGGAAACUGAAUAAUGACACCGCUGCCGACCUGCAUCUCUUGACCAAAGAAGAGACGGAGGUCUGCAACGUCCUACGCAUCAUGCCGAAACCGUACCUGGUCGUCAAGGAGACACUGUUGAAAGAAGCAAUGAAGCAGGGCGGCAGCUUGAAGAAGAAAGACGCACGGACGAUCUGCAAGAUCGAGGGAACUAAAACCAGCCGCAUUUACGAUUUCAUGGUGCAUAGUGGUUGGAUCAACAAGGCGUAG